CCUCAACCUUCAAAGGUUGUUUCCUUAAAUUACUCUGAUUUCUCUCAUCUGCAAAACAGCAUUAAUUGUCAUCUUAAGUAUACGAGUCCCGUAUUUCCAGUCACUCUUCCAAAAAUUUGCAGAGGUACCUUUUAUUUCAGAACUAAUUGGUACUGGUAGGUAUAAAAUUCUAGUGUACAACCUGAACUUGCUCUAUCUGAUGCUUGGUUGAAUAACGUGUUGUUUUGUCUUUAGCCCUGUGGAGGAGGACAAAGAUACAAAGCAAGCCUCCAAAGAUGAGAAAGGCCGUGCUGGCAGCGGCUCUGGCAGAAAUCUGUGGGUCAGCGGCCUCUCAUCCUCCACGAGGGCAACGGACUUGAAGAAUCUCUUCAGCAAGUACGGAAAGGUGGUUGGUGCAAAAGUGGUGACAAACGCUCGCAGUCCCGGCGCGCGCUGCUACGGCUUUGUGACCAUGGCCUCGUCUGAGGAAGCCACCAAGUGCAUCAAUCACCUGCACAGGACAGAGCUGCACGGGAAGAUGAUUUCUGUGGAAAAGGCCAAAAAUGAACCGGCUGGGAAAAAGCCUUCAGACAGAAAGGAAGGCGAAGCGCGGAAGGAAAAAGACAGGCACCAUUCUGCAGAUUCCAAAUCUGAGAAGUCUGGUGGUGUUAAAAAGGAGGAGAAGGCCGACAAAAAAGACGAUGGGAAGAAAUCUGAGAAAGAUUCAAAGGAUGAGAAGGAAGGGAAAGAGAAAGAGGAGCAGAAGGCUGGAGCCUCCGAUCGAUCCAGGGCGAGCAAAUCAGCAAGUCGAGGAACUGAGAGGACAGUGGUGAUGGAUAAAUCUAAAGGAGAACCCGUUAUUAGCGUGAAAACAUCUGCUUCCAAAGAGAGGAGCACCAAGAGCCAGGACCGCAAAUCUGAGAGCAAGGAGAAGCAGGACAUCUUGUCGUUCGAUAAAAUCAAAGAGCAGCGCGAGCGCGAGCGGCAGCGGCAGAGAGAGCGCGAGAUCCGGGAGACGGAGCGGCGGCGAGAGAGAGAAAGGCGAGAGCGAGAGCAGCGCCUUCAGGCCAUGCACGAGAGGGACGAAAGGCAGAGGCUGCAGAGGGAGAGGGAGAGACUCGAAUUUCAAAGGCAGCGUCUGGACAGAGAGCGCUUGGAGAGGGAGAGAUUGGAGAGGGAAAGGAUGCACAUCGAGCAGGAGAGGAGGAGAGAGCAGGAACGGAUCCAGAGGGAGAGGGAGGAGCUGCGGCGCCAGCAGGAGCAGCUGCGCUACGAGCAGGAGCGGCGCUCAGCAAUGAGGAGGCCCUACGAUGAUGGCAGGCGAGAUGAUCCGUACUGGCCAGAGGCGAAGCGGGUGGUGCUGGAUGACAGAUACCACUCUGAGUUUGUGCGCCAGGACCGCUUCCACGACUUCGACCACAGGGAUCGCGGCCGGUACCAGGAUCAUUCCUUGGACAGAAGAGAAGGUUCAAGAGGAAUCCCAGACAGAGACGGGCAGCAUUACCCCGACGAGCGGCACGGCCCCGAGCGGCACCCGCGGGAAUCCCGCGACGGUUGGGGCGGUUAUGGGUCGGAGCGGAGGAUGAACGAAGGCAGAGGGAUUCCCCCGCCCACCCGAGAUGGACGUGACUGGGGAGAUCAUGGUCGAAAGUUAGAGGGGCAUCAAGAUCGUUCAUGGCAGGGCAGUGUGGCUGGAGGAGUGAUGGGACGGGAUCAUGAGAGAUGGCAAGGUGGUGAUCGAGGCACGCCUGGUCAGCAGGGACCAGGCCACGCGACGCACCGCGGCGGGAUGGCAGGGCGUGGAGGAUUCACGCAGGGCCCAAACCACAGCCAGGUGGCACCGAGUGCUGCAGUGCAGGGGGGGUUUGCAGGCCAGGAGCGGGGACACAGAGCGACCGAGCCGCGCUUCGCCCGCCGCUACUGAGAGCGCUUUAAUACACAGAUCUAUAGACAGAAAAAUCUAUUUUUAAUACAAAACGCCAAUGGGGGUGAGUUUUAUUGAGCAACUUGAAUUUGUGAUGACGAAAAAGCGAGACUGCUGCCACAUCGUAGCCAAACGCUCUAUCAGUUCAGCUGAUUGGUUUCCUUUCUUUGUUAUGAACGUGUUCUUGGUCGGCAUUGAAGUUUCUGUUAGUGAAACAUUCCAUUUUUCCAGAACAAUAAAAGCAGUUGAUGGUGAACAAA